AUGUUCCCAGGGUUGGAUGACCUCUGUGUCCGAUUCAUCAUAAACCUUCCCCCAGAGGAGCUGGAGUCUGUGGAGCGCAUUUGCUUCCAAGUUGAGGAGGCGCAAUGGUUCUAUGAAGACUUCAUUCGGCCCCUUGACCCAUCUCUCCCAUCUCUUUCUCUACGCGCCUUCAGCCUACGCAUAUUUCAGCACUGUCCGCUUUUCUCGCAAUGGUCUGCCCAGCACCAUACCACCGCUUUCGCGGAGUUCCUGGCUUACAAAUCCCGCGUGCCUGUCCGAGGCGCUAUUCUGCUAAAUGAAUCCAUGGACGAGGUUGUCCUCGUGAAAGGCUGGAAGAAGAGCGCGAACUGGAGCUUCCCCCGUGGGAAGAUCAACAAGGACGAGAAUGAUCUCGAUUGUGCGGUGCGGGAAGUCUAUGAAGAGACCGGUUUCGACGUUCGUGAGGCUGGCCUCGUUAAGGACGAGAAAGAUAUGAAAUAUAUCGAAGUUACAAUGAGAGAACAGCACAUGAGACUGUAUGUUUUCCGAGGAGUACCCAGAGAUGCACAUUUCGAACCCAGGACGCGGAAAGAGAUCAGCAAGAUCGAAUGGUACAAAUUGACAGAUUUACCCACGUUAAAGAAGAAUAAUCAUCGCCAGCAUGACGGCAGUGGUACGGAUCACACAGCAAUCAACGCAAACAAGUUUUAUAUGGUGGCACCCUUUUUGAACCCGCUCAAGAAAUGGAUAGCUCAGCAGCGAAAGAAGGAAAACCGGUACAGCUCACACCUAGCAGCUCCCCCAAUGGUGCCGGAGGAUGUGACAACCGAAGACGAACAGAACGGCAUUGGGGCACGCCUUGGAGAGUCCUUACCACCGGCCAUCAGUGAUCUUCCUGAAGUCUCCGAGUCUAACGUUGUCGACCCAAGCUCACAUCUUAAGGAGCUUCUUCAUAUUGGAGGGCAAGCUGCACCGCCUCAAGCAGCAUUGCCACCAAGUCAUAUGCCGCAGGUCGACACUGAAAAGUCCAAUGCUCUUCUGGCUCUUCUGCGAGGGGAUCCGCAGAACCGAUCAGUCGCUACCGUACCUCGAACUCCACUUGAACAGAUCUCGUUGCCGCCCGAGGUUCAACAAUCGCCGCAUAUCUCCCAUGUACGACAGCCACAGAUAGACCAAGCCCAGCCCCCACCUCCGUUCCAGGCGCAGUUUCAAGGCAAUGUGGUUUUGCCCGCACAGCAAGCUCCCCCGAGACCAGAUUCGACAGCUAUCUCGAAUGCGGCCGCUUAUCCCAUCCAGAACAUGCCACGGGUCACACCUUUCCAAAGGACUUCCGAUCCAUUAUUUGCGCCCGAUGGAACCACACAGCACGGACGAGCGGCCAUUCCCCCAGCCAGUGCGUUGCCUAAGCUGACCAACCACACAAAAGCUCUAUUGGAUGUUUUCAAGGGAGCGACGAGCCCAACUAUUCAGCCAGCACCUCAAUUCGAGCCGUCGACCCCUAACACUUUGGGCCGGGUUGGGGCUUCGCAGCCAGGGCAGGCGCAAACGCAGAGUGUACCGACCGCCCUUCGACUCACGGACAAUCACGCCGUCCAAGGACCUGGCAAUAUUCUGCCCCCCUGGUCUUCAAACGCACCGUUACAGGGUUCCGCAAAUGCGGGCGUUGCAAGUCAGGAAUUCCCUGUGCUGCCUUCCAGACGACCUCAGAAUGCACAACAGUCAUCCCUGCUCCAGCUUUUUACCCAACCAUCACCGCCUAGACCAACGGAGAUCUCAGUCGUUCCACGCCCACCGCCAGUGGAACUCGCAGCGACGUCUGCUUCUACUUCGUCUCAUAACUCGAAACUGAACAAGGAGGACCUUCUGUCGUUGUUGGGAAAGGGCGUUCAAGAAGUACCAAGAAAAGCGACCGAGAUAAAACGACCCUCUCCAAAAGAGGGCGAAACGUCUGCUACGAUCAGUGGCCCGUUGAAUCAACCGGAAUUUGAGGUGGUCUCCAGAGCAAGCAGGCAUGCGACGAACGAGAUGGGUCGCAGCCCGCUUCCUGCCAACAGGACGCUGUACGAUCCCAAUCAACCUACGCCGGUCAAGAUUUUGACGCGUUCAGAAGAGUCUCGCUCUCAGCCUCCACGGUCUCCAAGAGUGCCCAAAUCUACCUCAAGGCGGACAGCGAGGGACAGGGCAACCCCAAAGGAGCAAACGAAACCGUUCCAGCCUCAAAUUCUUCGUCGGCCGCAGAACACGGAAGCAGCCAUCGCUGGUGGAGUCGCCAGUGUGAACGAGACUCCAAAUCAGCAGCCGAUUUCGCUGGCUGCGGCUCUAUCACCUCAAUCUGGGGCAGACUUUGGCGAAAAAUCGACACCGAGCCGGAAACCAUCCCAAACCGAGGCGCAGAAACAAACGUUGCUGUCUCUGUUUGGUGGGGGACCGGACACUACGCCUAGGGCAACAACAGUACAGCCUAGUUCGGGCAUAGUGUCGCCUUUGACAUCUAGUCAAAUCCUCAGCGCCAAUGGAGAGGUGCCACUCUCCGGGACUGAACCCAUUUCCACACGGACAUCCCGUGUGGGAAGCAUGACAUCAAUUAUGAGUGGGCAAGGAACAGGGCGCGCUGCGGGUGAAAAGCGACAGACAGGCGCAGAGAACAAGGCGUUCCUCUUGGGCUACUUGGGCAGAAUCGCAAGCCAGGAGCAAUGA